GGCAACACUGUCACUGUCACAGCUGAACCCUGAUCAUGGCGGGCUGUAGCCACUAAGUGUUACAUCGCGCACCAUGAACGAGUUAACCCGCAAAGUGGACGCUUCCUUUUCUCCCAAAUCCUCGCCGAGGGGCUCAAGAUCGCCAAUGGCUAACCAGAUGCUAUCAAGAAAUGACUCCACGGGCACGCUCAAGAUGACCAUAUCAGCGGGCAAGCACCCCGCUGUGGUCCACUCGGGGCCCUUCUACCUAAUGAAGGACCCAGCCACGGAGAAUGAACUGACAGGUGCAAACAACUUGAUGGCUCAUUUCAACCUGGAACACUCCUACAACAAAUUCACUGGCAAGAAGGUAAGAGACUCCCUGUCUUCCUUCUUGCCAACACUCCCUGGUAUCAUUGACACUCCAGCUCAUCUCACGAACUCCUCUCUCCGCUCCCUUAUUGAGAAGCCACCAGUCUUCAAGGAGUUCACUUUACUCAACCAACAUCAGCUAGCAGCCUUUCGCCUUCAUCCUGGACCACUGCCAGAACAGUACCGCUUCAUGAACCAACCUCUAGGACAGCGAAGGCACCGUCGACAUCGUAAACACAAAUACCGUCCUGGUGAGACUCCUACACAGGAUGGCUCUGGAGAUGGGACAGAUAUGCAUGAGAAGAAACACAAGAAAAAGAAGAAUGAUGAUGACAAAGAAAGAAAGAAGAAAAAGAAAGAAAAGAAAAAGAAGAAGCAAAAACACAGCCCUGAGCAUCCUGGUCUCUCCAGCAAUGAUCCUAGCAGAGUUGGCCUGUGAGCAAGGUGACAUGAAGAUCACACAUUUUCCCAGGAAUUCAUACUCAUAGACUGUACAACACAUUUGUAUUUGUCAUGCUGGAAGUUGUCUGUCUGGAAAAUCAAGCAACUGUGGUUUGGAGUAUCUCAUUCCAAUCAUUACUGUUGACAUCUCCCAGUGAUGGCCAGAAAUCCAAGUAUAAGUUAUGGUGAUGAAUAUAUCACUAGGAAACUGGAGGUGAGUAAAUGUUACAAACUCAAGAUAUCUUGAGCUGAAUGAGUGUAGAAUUGUCAUUUUUGCAGGCACAGAAAAGCAUUAGUUUGUUGUUUAUGGAGAUGAUGACUUUUAAUAUUUGUAUAUUAGUGGAUGUGUAUGGAGAUGAUGACUUUUAAUAUUUGUAUAUUUAUAUGUACAGAUAGACAAUAAAUUUUACAUUUAAGAGGGAGGAUUCACAACUCAGGAACUGAACAGUAGCUGUUUGGAAACUGGAGAAAAAAAAAAAGACUAAAUACAAAACCUUUUCAAUACUUUUAUUUUCAGUGACCUUAUAGAUCUCAUAAGAGUUAUUGUAUGAAAUUACAAAAAAUAAACUACAGUUGUAAGCUUUCAUUCUUUCUUUGAUUAAAAACUUCAAUAUUAUUGAAAUCUACAUUGUAUAUAAACCAACACUUUGUAUCACAAAGAUUCAUCUGUGCUAAAGAUCAUUACCAUUUUUUUAUAACCACUACUUAUGUUAAUAAAAAUUUCUUUGGUAAAAAGAGAAA